AUAAAAAGUAUUUUCAACUACCAGAUCAAAAAUAUUCAUAGGUUGCUUAUAACUGACUGGAAAAUGAGAUCUUUGACUGAGGAAGAAACCAAGGUUGUGUUUGAGAAAUUGGCAAACUACAUUGGAAGAAAUAUAACAUUUUUAAUAGAUAAUAAAGAAGACCCUCAUGUUUUUAGAUUACAAAAAGAUCGAGUCUAUUAUGUCAAUGAAAAAAUUGCCAAAUAUGCAACUGCUAUUGCAAGACAAAACUUGAUGUCCUUGGGAAUUUGUUUUGGAAAAUUUACCAAAACUGGUAAGUUCAGAUUGCACAUAACUUCUCUUGAAUAUAUUUCCAAAUAUGCAAAGUACAAAAUUUGGAUUAAACAAAAUGGUGAAAUGCCUUAUUUAUAUGGAAACAAUGUAUUAAAAGCACAUAUUGGAAAAAUGUCUGAUGAUAUACCCGAACAUGCUGGUGUGGUGAUUUUCAACAUGAAUGAUAUACCUUUGGGAUUUGGUGUCAGUGCCAAAUCAACAAUAGACACAAGAAACCUUCAGCCCAAUGGAAUUGUUGCCUUCAGACAGGCAGACAUUGGUGAAUAUCUAAGAGAUGAAGAUACAUUAUUUACAUAAGUAACAUUAUACAAAAAUAAGUAAUUAAUAAGAAUUAUCAUUGAUAUAUAGGCACUAUGCUAGAGAGUGAAUUGUAGAGUAGAGAGAGGAAGAAAAACAACCAAAAGUGGAAGAAAAUAACAUAAUUUUUAAAUAUAAUAC